AUGCCUUCGCGUAUGAAUGUCUUUGCGCGCGAGUUGCGCUCAAUUCUGCGCAUAUCAGCCAAUCCUGCCGCCGCUACUCCUGCCUCCGCUGCAGCUGCUUCCACCACGUUGACUGCUACUACUACCGCAUUAAUUGUGCCGCGCAAGACCAACGUGCUUCGUCGCGCUUUUCGUACCGUUUUCAAGACCAAGCUUGAGGUCAACUCUGAUAUCGACAACGCUGCUGGCAUUAUUUACCAGCUGCAGUGUGCCCUUGAUGAAGAGCGCGCUGCUCGUUAUGUAGCCGAGGCUAGAUUGGAAGGGACUGAAGACGCGCUUUGUGAGCUGGAGAUUGAAUACUUCAACGAAUACACCGCCCGUUAUGUGGCCGACACUAACUGUGCGGAUGCCGAGAGCAAGAAUGCUGUGCUGAGCGCUGGAAUAGACGCGUUCAAAGCUAAUCUCGCCGAGUUGGAGGCUGCUCGCGCCCAGGAAGCAGGGAUCCGUAGCGCGGCCGAGUUUGCUUGCAACAGCAUUGGGACCGCAUUUUCCAAGCUGGAGUCUGCCCUUGAGGUCGCCAAGGCUGCACAGGCCGAGUUGGCCGCAUCUUGCGCUCAGGAAUCAUUGGGCCGCAUUAUGGCCGAAUUCGAGCUCAUGACAUUGCGCGCUCAAGUGGCACCUCUGCAGCAUCAACUUGCCAAAGCCUGCAAUCAAGCCAACACUGCUCACAAUGAGCUUGGAGUGUUGCACGCUGAAGCAAAAGUGCCGCGCCAUGAGCUUGAUAAGACUAGCACCAAAGCAAAAAAUGCUCACAAUGAGCUUGAGGACUUGCGCGCUGAAGUAGCCAAGCUGCGCUGCGAGUCUCGCGCUAGCAUUACCACCAAGCACAACGAGGCUUUCCUUAUGUAUGGGCUGGCAGAUUCAGCUAUCUAUAAAAACGAUUAUUACAGCGAGAAGGCUGCAGAUUAUGGCUUGGAAAUUGAUAUGAUGGGUGCUAGGAUGGACGCUCUUCGCCGAAAAAUAAGCGAGCGCAAGGCUCAAUUGGACAGUGCCGACGGUGUUCACUCUGUGUCGAUUGCAGAGUUGGGAGCUGAGUGCGGCGUGCUGGCAAUGCGCUCCAAAAUGCUUUUCAAGCUUGACAAUACAAAACCUGCCAAAAAGCGGCGCGUGCUUUUGAACAUAUAA